UAUCAUGGAAAUCACGUUAAUUGCUUCUAUUUCAGGCCUGUCGUUUUCAGUAGGCAAACUUACAUACGCAGGGUAGCUUUGAGCCUGGAUUUAUGUGUCAAAUUCACGGUUAAGCAAUAGUUCGGAUACCGAAUAUACUCAAGAUGGUUCGUAUGAGUGUUUUGGCUGAUUGCCUCAAGACUAUCGUCAACGCUGAGAAGCGUGGUAGGAGGCGCGUCCUCAUCAGGCCUUCGAGUCGUGUUAUUGUCAAGUUCCUUCUCUGUAUGCAAAAGCACGGAUACAUCGGUGAAUUCCACAUCGCUGAUGACCAUCGCAGUGGCAAGAUUGUGAUCGAGCUCUUGGGACGCAUCAACAAAUGCGCCGUUGUUUCACCUCGUUACAACAUUGCAUUGGAUGAAAUUGAGCAGUGGAGCUCUAACAUCUUGCCAAGUAGGCAGUUCGGUCACAUUGUGCUUACUACCGCAUACGGCAUCAUGGACCACGAAGAGGCCAGAAGAAAGCACACUGGUGGUAAAAUUCUGGGUUUCUUUUUCUAAGACCUGACCUUAAUUUAUUAUUAAAAACAUU